AUGGACGCCAACAAAUUCAGUCGCAACUCGGUGAACCGAUAUGCUGCAGAGAUUCGCGGCGCCUCUUCUGACCGUCCCAUGCGUCCUGUCAUGGAGCAAAUAACGCGUCAAUUUCUUCGCGCCAUCGAAGAAAUGAAUAUGAAAGAAGCUCUUAGUUUUUUCGCACCCCCAACUCCACGAGUCAUUGCCAGCCUUCGCACGCCUGGUUUCAUCUUUGAAGGGGGCAUGGAGUUGGACAGCUUUUUUAAGGAUUUUCAUGAUUUCAAGAAGAACGAGUUUGUGUGGAAGGACCGAAUUGUUCCCCACUUCAUCAUCGUCGACCGAAGCCGCAUCACUUGUCACACUGUCACAUUCCGCAUGCAGAGAAUUGAAGAAAAGAAACCAGACGGGACUUUCGAGGAGAUUCACCACAUAAUUGUCAUCGAUUACAACGAAAGAAGCCUUUUCAAUCGUCUUGAGUAUCGAGAAAUCACGGGCAAAAAUAAGACGCACAAGGGCGGAAAGAAACUCAUGGAGAAUCUUGUCAUAGAGGCCGACACAGAUUUCAUCACGGUCGAUCACACUUCUUGA